AUGUCGACAUCUGACAACCCAUUCUCACUUUGCCCUGGUUAUGAAGCAAUCGCGGAGUAUCUGGAUCGUCACCCACCAAAUAAGUGGUCAUACGAACAAUUCUUGCGACUUUAUCAUGACACAAUUAUUGUCCUGCCGCCGUUUAGCAACACUUGGAAUUCACUUGAUGGGACUUGGCUAUUAUCAAAAUUACAGAUGGAAACGGAAUCAAUUAUAAACAGAGAAGGUUUGCAAACCCUCGGAGCAUCAGUCCAAGCCAACGGAAAAAAAUUUCGUAAAAGGAUUGCCAUUGAAGAAGAUAGCGAGAUCGAACGGAGCUCAAAGCUGUGUGAAACCAGGCAUCCUGCAGAGCAAAUCUAUGGGACUUUCGACUCAUCUGAAGUUGAAAGUGAAUAUGAAGAGGAUGAAAGCGAACAAGCUGACAGAUUGGAAGACAAGAAAAAAGGGAUAAAGGCAAAGAUCAAAUCAGCUUAUGAUCGCAUGCCAAAGCAACAGAUGUGGAAAUUGAGCAGUGGGACGGUUGUCGAGGAGGAGCUCUACAAGAUUGGAAAACAAUUACAGUAUGAACAUGCAGUGCAUUCAUUUAUCUUAGAUCCGGAUGACGAAGUUGUCCAAAAACACUUCAAUGAAGCAGAUUUAAUAGAGAUCAUUAAUAGACCUGGUCCGACUAUACCAGAGCUUUCUGCUGAGGCCGCCGAGUAUCUUUUCCAGUUUAGUGGAGAAACUUCUCUGUCGCGUAUUCGAGAAAUAAUGAACAAGAACGACCCACGUCUUGUAUGUGGAUGUUUGUUGGCAGCGUAUAAUGAAAGGUCAAUUUUCAGAAUCAGAGAAAUUGAGAGCGGUCGACUUAAAGACGACAAUCUUGAGGCUUGGUACAAUUGCCAUGUAUGGCAUCCAAUCAUUGACCAGGGACUGGGAGAUUUAAAAGGAAUCAUAGUUGUACGCGGAGAAAGUACGAGUAUAGCAACUGCACUUCGAAAGAACGCCCAUAGGACGGCGAUUGAUCGGCGCAUGGUAGGCCGUCGUGGCGACUGGAUUUUACGAAGUGAUGGGAAUGGUGAGCGAGACGAGUACGGUGUUGGAGAAGCUGGGAAACAAUCCUCGGAUCAUUUCGGAACGAAAUUCUUGAAAGAGGCGGGCUUGAAGGCACCCAAAGCGUUGAAAGAUAUGCUUAUGAAAUUGAUGAGGAAAGUAGAAUGGAACCCGGAGAUUUGUAUGAAGAUGCAAACAGUUGGAAUCAUUCAUGCUGGGCUCCUCAUGGUAGCAAUAUUUAUGGAUCGGCCAUGUGGUUUUGUCUGUAGAUUGCAGCGAGGAGAAAUUAUGGAAGUUCCCGACUGCGAAGAAAAGUUCCCAAUGAUCCUACAAAUAAUAGCUAUCGUAUUGAGUAUUAAGGCUACCGUAAGAGAAACGGUGAAGGCCAUAUUCAGCAAAAUGCCAACUAGGGUAGAGGAAUUUAAGAAAGUUAGCGUGGUGAAAAAGAGACAAACGAAGAAGGAACAGAUGAUACCCGAGUGCAUGACAACACCACGUAAAGUGGCGACAAAAUUU